AUGUUAACCUAUCCCGUUGCGUGUGCAGCAGCUGUAUUUAGUCUCGCCGCGGGAUACGCCAUACCCAACCACGAUGGCUUUCCUAGUCCAGACGAUCAGCAGCUUCUUGACAUACAGACUGAGGCAGAUGGGAAACUACCCAACGCACCCCCACCGGGCAAGUUGAGUGUUGCGGGCAUCACCAACUUCCAGCUCGUCGCCUUCAACGAGCAAUUCGAGGUCGCCUUCUUCACAUCUUUAAUCGAAAACGUCACAAAUCGCGAUGGCGAAUUCAGCGCCGAGGCAGCCAACCGGGAUGAAGCAGAGAUACUGCAAAUACUGAAGACAAUAAAAGCCCAAGAAGAACUCCACGCUAUAACGGCCAUCAACCAACUCAAACAGUUCAACGCCUCCCUAAUCCCCCAACCCUGCAACUACAAAUUUCCCACCACCUCCCUCGACGACGCCCUCAACCUCGCCUCAACUUUCACCUCCGUCGUACUAGGCACCCUCCAAGACGCACAGCAAAGUUUCGCAAAAAACGGUGAUGAUGCCGUGGUCCGCGUCGUCUCGUCUGUUGUGGGCCAGGAAGGCGAGCAGAACGGGUUUUUGCGCUUCAUGCUCCACCGGCGGCCUUCGUCGAAGCCUUUUCUAACAACGUCGAUUGCGCCGUACGCAUAUUCGGCAUUGCAGGCUUUUAUCGUGAGCUGCCCGUUUAAGGUUGAGGACAUACCGAUUCCUAUUUUUCCGGCACUGAAUGUGCUCACAAAUGCUGAGGCGAGGGAUAUGACGCUGAGUUAUUCGGCGGAUCUGAAGAGUUACAUAGCGGGACUGCCGCCGUCGCCGAUGUCGCCUAUGUUCAUCACGUAUAUUGUGGGACAACAAUUACCGAUUUCUGUGCGCAUCAGGAACCAAAGGCUGGAUGGCACGACGCUCAUAUUUGAUGCGGAUUUUCCAUUUACGGCAAAUGUGAUGCAAGGGCUUACUAUUGCGGCGUUGACGAAUUCGUCGGAUUUUAAGGAGGUGGGGGUUAUGGCGGCUAGCACGCUGGCGGCGCCUGGCUUGAUACAGGUGAAUGACCUUCUCAGGCCUGGAAAGAUAGUGAGCGGAGGAUUUGGUGGUGCCAAUAGGACUCGGACGGAACAGGAACCAUAG